UAUCACUACCCCCAAUACAACCAAUAUCCAAAGUUAGAUUUUUAUGAGACAAAUGAAGACAGAAAAGACCCACUACUAUAGUAAAGCUAGCUAACUUUCACAAACUCAUUAGUUAUUCAAUUUUACACAAAUAAAAAUUAUGGCAGAUGAGGAUGUUUCAGAAAGCUUCAGUGAGUGGCAGCAAAUCCAAUCUCCAUCUUCUACUACUGGCAGCAAAGAUCAGUUAAACAAAAAUAAUGAUGUAGUUGUAACCAGAGAAGACUUACCAAUUAACAAUGAUCCUCAACUGUUUCAAGAACCCCAUUACUCAGCAGUUUCUGCUGCAGAAACUACUCUGCCAUUGCCCGAUAGAGAUGAUAAUAAUGAGAAAGGUGAAGGACAUAGGUGGUUGAAGAAGCAUUUGAGAGAAUUAACUUCUUGGAUUGUUCAGGUUGUUUGCAAGGCCAAAAAUUAUGCUGCUUGUAAAGUUGGAAUUGGAACUUUCACUUCCACUAGAACUAGACUAUUAGCAGUACUUUCGGUUUCCUUGUUUUAUUGGAUGAUACAGAGGUGGCGGAGGCAAAGACAGAUUGAUACUUCUAAGAAACUUGUGCUUCUUAUCAAAGAAAAAGACCAGCUACUAACUUCAUUCUUGCAGAAAAUCGACCAGCUCUCUCUCCAAAUUAGCCAGAUGAAUGACUCCCUACUAGCGCGACGAAAGGUUCCAGUUCUUCAAGUUGGCUAAUUGAUUCACUGGCCAUUAAUUGUUUCUUGGCAACUUCUGAGGGUAUAUAUGGAGCUUUUUCGUCCGUCAAUGUUGAAUUUUAAAUCUACAAAUCAAAAGUACUCAGAGGCGUUGCUUUCAGGAGUAAUCGAACCCGAUCUUUUCCAGCGAACCCACAACACUUACCGUUGAACCAAGACCCCUUUUGUUACUGGGUUCGGCAGUAUAUAUUUAUAUAGAUUUAGUAAAUAUUUCAAUACAAAUACAGGGUUCCGGAAAAAGUUACUGAGUUCAUCCGAACCCGCACCCACUACUGUAGCUCCGCCCCUGAAAAUACUCCUAUAGUGUGUUUAAAGAAACCAGGAUACGUGUACGAAAAGACAGAUAUUUAUCAGUAUUUGAUAUGGUAUAUGUGCUCUAUAGAGUGUUUUUCAGAGUAA